CCUCAACAGUUUUUUUGUUUAGGGCGCAAACGUUGUUGAUGUUCAGCCACUCCCUGCAACCUGAGGCAUUCUAAGAUCAGAUAAGGUUAAAUCCCGCCCACGUGAUCACCCGUUGGACCGGAGCGACAUGAUUGGAGGAUCAGCUGUCAUCUGCGUCAUUUGUUGCGGGCGGUGAGCGAAAGUUCCCCUCUCAAUUGCCCCUCGGCAUCUUUUUUGGGGGGCGUGAUGGAGACAACGUUGUAGAAAUCAGUAUCACAUCAAACCACUUUCUCGAUCUAUUCCCCUGGUGCAAACCCCGCGGCCUUUGGUACGAUCCGAAAGAACAUUGCUGUAGUGGUGCAAUUGAGACCUCUUCGGUAUCACGUCAGACCGAGGCACUUACAGUUUACGGAGGACUAAUUCCGGCGUACAACAUACCACAUAGCAUCGUCAUACUCAAAAAAAAAAAAAAAAAAAAUUAAGGCCCGGUCACCCCGUCUUGAUUACCUUGGAACAUGGCCUCUGCUCCCACACAUGAAAUGACCCCUGCUGAAGCAGAGUCAGUCUACUUCAACAAUUAUCCUCCGCCAAAGGCUCUUCCAAAACACGAGGCCCUCGCUCGAGCUUUCAUCAACUAUCAUGUCGAGGACAACAGACGUCUCGUUCUCGUCACGUCGGGAGGUACAACGGUUCCUCUGGAGAACCAGACCGUUCGCUUCAUCGACAACUUCUCCGCCGGAACAAGAGGUGCCACGAGUGCUGAGUACUUCCUCGAAGCAGGAUACGCCGUGAUUUUCCUGCAUCGUCAAUUUAGUUUACUGCCAUAUUCUCGCCAUUAUAGCCACUCGACCAAUUGCUUCUUAGACUUCAUGGACGAAGCGCCCCCAGCCAAUAAUGCCGAAUCUGAUCACGGGCGUAUCGUCGUCCACAGUGAAUACCAGGACCAGAUGCGAGAUGUGUUGAGGAAAUAUCGCUAUGCGAAGAAACAUAACCGCUUGCUCCUGCUCCCGUUCACCACCGUAUCUGAAUAUCUGUUUGAACUGCGAUCGCUGGCCACGUUGAUGAAACCCCUGGGCCCUAAUGCCCUCUUCUACCUCGCCGCGGCGGUUAGCGACUUCUUUAUCCCGAGCGAUCGGAUGUCAGAGCAUAAGAUCCAGUCCUCUGAGUUGCCUAAAAACCUGAACAACGAAGAAGCCAUUGACCCCUCGGACAUUUACACGGGCGGAAUCCCCCAGGAGACCAAGCCGCCCACCCACAGCAAGAAGCUGAUUAUCGACCUGGACCCUGUGCCGAAAUUUUUGCAUCAGCUUGUGGACGGAUGGGCACCCGACGGAAGUAUGGUAGUCUCCUUUAAGCUCGAGACCGACCCCAAUUUGCUUGUGUACAAAGCACGCACGGCACUCCAACGGUACGCGCAUCAUCUGGUGAUUGGCAACCUGCUGUCAACGCGGAAGUGGGAAGUGGUGUUUGUCACCCCUGAAGCCCCUUAUGAGCGCUGGAUCCGGGUCCCCAAGUCUAAGCGCAGUAAGAGUAUUUCUGGAGCAGAAGAGCAGGUGGGACUGGCCGAGGCAAAGACAGCGGGGGGCUCAGCGGUCCCGAAGAAUGGGGAAACCAGUGGGGACUAUGAACAGGGGCAAGACAAUAGCCACGAGGGUAUGGAGAUUGAGGCGUUGAUCAUCCCUGAGUUGGUCAAGCUGCACUCGAAUAUGAUUGCGAAGCAUGGUACCCAGGCUUAGUUGGUAUAUC